AUGGCUUACGUUAUUGCCGGAGCUUUCUUCUUCUUGGAAGUUAUUUCUCUUGUCGUUUUCCUUAAAUACAAGAAUGAUUUCUUAUCUGGUUGUGCCAGUACUGUGAUAAGUCAAACCUCCAGUAAAACUUUGGAUCAAGCAAAUAACGAAUGCAAUUCCAUUUAUGGCGUUUCCUUAAUCUUUGAAAUCAUCGCUUUUGUAUUCCUCAUUGGUAACGCGAGUUUCUUCCCCCUGGUGAUAAAGGCUUGUGCUGAAAGGCAACAAUCCUUCGAAGAUUCAGUACCUGUGACCAAAGCUUAG